GAGAGAGAGAGAGAGAGAGAGAGAAAAGGAAGUCAGAUCACAAUGCCUCUGCACUUUCUCACUCGCACUCCCUCUCUCUCUGAGAGCUGAGAGAAGAGUCAGUGAUAGUAGAGUCUUCAGCCUUCAUACAUCCAGCAAAAAUGAGGAACAUCUUAAAGGAUGCUUUUGAGGACUUCUUCUUUGAGUAUGAGACCCCUCGGCAGGUGCUGGUGAAAAACCCGAGAGUGGGUAUCGCCUGCAGAAUCCUCCAGUUGGGGGUGCUGGCUUACAUUAUAGGAUGGGUGUUCAUUUAUGAACGAGGUUACCAGAAUGAAGACACGGCUAUAAGCUCAGUUUUUACUAAGAUGAAAGGAUUAGCUUACACUUCAAUAAAUGGAACUGAGAGGCUUUGGGAUGUAGCCGAUUAUGUUUUCCCUGAUCAGGGGGUCUCAUCGUUUGUUGUGAUGACAAAUUUCAUUAUGACGGUGGGCCAGUCACAGGGCAAAUGCCCAGAGCUUCUGGAUGAUACUAACAACUGCACUAAGGAUAGCGAUUGCACGAUGGGCCAAUAUAAGCGUACUGGAAAUGAGAGCUACAAGAAAGACGCGACCAUUCAGCUCUUCGACGAUGAACUAGGCAAAGAGAGAGGGCUCAUGACUGGGAAGUGCCUGGACAAUACCACUUGUGAGAUCCUAAGCUGGUGUCCUGUACAAGACGACCGGGUGAUACCAAAUCCUCCUCUUUUGGCUGCAGCAGAGAAUUUCACACUGUUCAUCAAAAACUCCAUCUCAUUCCCUGAAUUUGGAGUUGUGAGAAGUAAUCUAGUGGAAAGCGUGAAUUCAAGUUAUCUCAAAACCUGCCUGUUUGACCAAAAUGCAAAUCGACUGUGUCCCAUCUUCAGGCUCGGAGAUAUUGUGAGCCUCUCUGGGUUUAAGUUCUCAGAGUUAGCUCAAGUGGGUGGAUCAAUAGGGAUUCUGAUUGAAUGGGAGUGUAACCUGGACCUUCGUAUUGAAAAAUGCAUACCCCAGUACAAAUUUGAAGGCCUCUAUGGAAACAGCUCUCAAGCAUCAGUGGGAUACAAUUUCAGAACGGCAAAAUAUUACGCAGAGGAUAAAAUCCAGAAGAGAACACUCAUGAAAGUGUUUGGCAUAUUCAUUGAGAUCAUCGUACAUGGACAGGCGAGAAAGUUUGACAUCAUCCCAACACUAACAGCCAUAGGGUCAGGAGUGGGAAUCUUCGGAGUGGCCACCGUCGUGUGCGAUGUGGUUCUUCUGCAUUUAGUGCCAAAGAAGGAUUUCUACAAAACCAUGAAAUUCAAAUCAACACCGUUGCAGGAACAGGAACCCGAGUCGGUGAAGAUGGACCAAGCCAAGGAGGGAACACAAGAGAAAUGAAAGGAGGCAUUUGACAAAAACGUGUCUGCACUGAAAGUUAGAAAAAAUAUAUAUACUGAGUUCACUGCACUGGACCAGGAGAAAGGCCUGAUACCUAUCCUGAGAGACCUAUGAAUGAACACACACACACACACACACACACACACACACAAAACGAUUUCAUAAAAACACAUCAUUAAUUCCUUUUGCCUUCAGAUCUAAAGACCGCAGACUACAAAGAAACUGACUGUAACAUUGAGAUUAUGUUUAAAGGCUGAAUUUGUAGAGCGUAUAUUGUAAAUAAUAAAUACAAAAUGAACUACUUUAA